UUUGGCCAGACAGAGCAGGUCGUAUCAGAGCAUUUGAUGUAAAGUUUUGGGGAAAAACCAAUGAUCUAAUUUAAGUUUGCUGAUCGCCAGGUGGCAAAAACCUUCAGUUUUAUUAUAACAAAGUAGAACAAAUGCUGGCUGGCAGUUAGAGUAAAACUUCCUGUUUUCCCACAGAGGCGACUCUGUAUGAAUCUCUCCACAUCACUCAUUUGGCUGACGGCUCAUAAAGGAACAAUACAUGAAAUAUCGCUAACAUGGAGGCUUGGAAACACUGGAUACUGUUAAUGUCCUGGGUGAUACCCACAUUUCUGUUCGGAUUGCCAGUGUGCACAUUGGAUUUAAAAUUCCUAAGGACCAGUCCAUGUGAUAUCCACCAGAAUUAUACUAUCAGCACUGUUACAUUUGAUUGCCAUGGCAGAGGGUUGCAGAUGUUACCCCAGAUAUUUAAAAACACCACCCAUCUGGAUGUAUCUGAGAAUAAAAUCAAGAACAUAUCAGUAAACUAUCUAAAAGACCCAAAACUGAAAUAUCUCAAUCUAAACUGGAUGAACCACAAUCGACACGUGAACAUCACCGCAGGAGUUUUUGCAAAUUUGACCAACCUGGAAACCUUGAUGCUUAACGGAUUUGGUCUUUCAGAGGUUCCUGCACAGCUUCCGAAGUCUUUAAAAGAACUGAGAUUGGACAGUAACAAAAUUUCCUCACUAAGAGUCCAAAGCUUUUCUGAAGUGAUAAAUCUGACCCAUCUUUAUCUUUCCAAAAACUGCUAUUAUGGUAAUCGCUGUUUUAUGCACUUUGAGAUUGAUAAUGGAACUUUUUCAAACUUGGACAAGUUAAUACAUCUGAGUUUGUCAUAUAAUAACCUCACUAACGUCCCCAGAUAUUUGCCUGCCUCCUUAAUAACACUUGAACUUGCUUCCAACAUGAUAUCUUCAAUCGGAGAAGACGAUUUCAAGGAGCUCCCAAAUCUCAAAACCCUUAAAAUCCAGGGAAAUUGUCCACGAUGUCACAAUGCUCCAUAUCCCUGCAUUCCAUGUGUCAACGGCUCUAUCGAUAUUCACGAACGAGCUUUUGACCAACUAAGAAAUCUUGAAUUGUUGCAUAUGGCUGGGAAUUCUAUUUCUGUCAUCAAGAAUGCUUGGUUCAAGAACAUCCCAAAUCUGCAUGAACUCUACCUUUCUUACAAUUUCCUGAUGAGUCAGAUCGAGGAUGGAGCGUUUUUAAGUAACUUAAAGCUUCUAAAAAAACUAGAUCUCUCUUUUAAUUAUGGAUUACAAGCUUAUCCAGAAACUGUGCACCUUUCACCAGCCUUUGCUAACUUGUCCAGUCUUCACACGCUGCACCUCCAAGGUUUGGUUUUCAGAAAGAUUCAAAAAGACUCUCUGAUUCAUCUUUAUGGUUUGCAAAAUCUGACUACGUUAGAUAUCGGAAUCAAUUUUAUUGUGAACGUGGAUCAAGACGUAUUUACACAAUUUCAUAGUUUAAACCUGCUGUACCUGUCGGAAAACCGACUGUAUCCCGUCACUAACUCCGAGGACAGAAAACCAGGGAAUAGCGUAAAGCCAAUACGCUUUAGCCUCCCAGGCCUGACAAAGACGAGUUCUGAAAGAAAGUUAGAACCUUAUCAGCCUAUCAAAGGGCUCGUUAAACCCGAGUGCUUCGCUACUGGCCGUGUGUUGGACCUGAGCAGGAAUAAUCUGUUUUUUAUUUCCCCAAAGCAAUUUGAGGGAUAUACGAACAUUUCCUGUCUCAACCUAUCCGGAAAUGGCUUUGCUUCAGCAUUAAAUGGAACCGAAUUCACAACACUGCCAAACCUGAAAUAUUUAGACUUGUCCUUCAACAAGAUUGAUUUGGCCUACGAUCACGCUUUCGAGGAAUUAAAGGAGUUGGAGGUGCUCGACCUCAGCUUUAACCCACAUUAUUUCACAGUGCCUGGUGUGACCCACAACUUGAAUUUCCUGAAGAAUUUACCAAAGCUGCGAGUCUUAAAUAUGAGCUCCAACAGCAUUUUUACUCUAACAACCAAGUACUUGAUCAGCGACUCGCUUGCUGAGCUCCAGUUCCAGCAGAAUCAGUUGGGAAGGCUUUGGCAAAAAUACAUGUGCAUGCAACUUUUCUGGAACUUAACAAAUCUGACGCAUCUCGACAUAUCGUACAACAACAUCAAGACCAUCCCCAAAGAUGUUUACAAGUACUUACCGGUCACACUAAAAAGAUUCAGACUGAACCACAACGGCCUGACGGACCUGAACUGGACUUUGAUGAGUACCUUCACGCAACUCGAGCAGCUGAUUCUCGGCUACAACAGCUUGACGUUCAUCACCAGAAACAUAACCCAGAAUAUCCCGUCUCUGCGUUUCCUCGACCUGAGCCAUAACAGAAUCUCUCAGCUGGCCAACAAAUUUCUCCAAGAUGCUGUUAAUCUGCAAAUGCUGGAUCUGAGUUAUAAUAAAUUAACCACCAUUAAUCGGUCCACCUUCCCUUCCAAGGGAGAAAAUGUUUUGACAACUUUGUGGCUCGAUAAUAAUCCCUAUCGCUGCACCUGUAAUUUAAUGGACUUUGUCCUUUGGAUAUUUGACAGCAACGUGAAAAUUCCCAAACUGGCCACUUUGGUGAAAUGCAAUACUCCGACUAAAGGGGUGAAGGUGGUCCACUUUGAUAUUAAAGACUGCAUUGAUAACAAUGUUGUCGUCCUGUUCUACAGCUUCUCCACUUUUCUUGUUCUGAGCGUCACUGUUCUGUCAACAUUGAUGCAUAUCUUCUACUGGGACUUUUCAUACGUGUUCUACUACACAAAAGCCAAAUUCAAAGGGUACCAGCACUUGAGCUCUGGAGACAAUGUCUACGAUGCCUUUGUUACCUAUGACACCAAAGACCCACAGGUCUCCGACUGGGUCCUGAACCAUCUCCGGAUUCAGCUGGAAGAACAAGGAGAUCACAUCCUUCCAGUCUGUUUGGAAGAACGUGACUGGCUGCCCGGUUGCCCCGUCCUGGACAGUCUGACCCAAAGCAUUCGCCAGAGUCGCAAGACGGUCUUUGUCCUCACUCAUUCCUACGUAAACAGCGGCUCAUUUAAGAUGGCCAUGUAUCUGGCGCACCAGCGUCUGCUGGAUGAAAACGAGGACGUGAUCGUGCUGCUGCUACUCGAACCCGUGCUGCAGGACUCACAUUUCCUGCGUCUGCGGCGGCGACUCUGCAGCCACAGCGUGCUCGAGUGGCCUCGGAUGCCCGCCGCGGAACCCUGGUUCUGGCAGUGUCUGAGAAAUUCCAUCCGGGUCGAGAACAAGUACAUGUACAGCAACAUCUACUCCAGAUACUUCUCUAUCAAAAAUAAACCCAAAGAGAAAGAAUCAACUACACAGUAUUGUGUGUGACAUUAUACAUUUCAACACUUUCACUUUCUGUCCCAUAGCCAACAUUUAUUCUAUAUUUCUCAUAUAGUAGUUUUUUAUGAAAAGAAAUGUCGGUGGUACUGUGUGAUUUUAUAAAUAAUACAAUUGAUCUGUUGUUGCUUUUGUAGUUAAUAAAAUGUCAGAAUUUGUUUC